AUGGCCGAGGCAAAGCUUUCAGCAGCUGAACGCCGACGUUUGCGCAAGGAGCAAGAUGCUAGGGCGAGGGCAGAAGUGAAAAUCCAGAAGUUGCAAGCAGAGGAGGGCAACGUGGGAAAGGAGGGAAAGGAAACCAAAGACGUGGAGGAGCUUGAUCCAAGCAAAUAUCGCGAGAAUCGGAUCGUAAAAUUGAGUGGUAUUGACGCCUAUCCGCACAAGUGGCACGUCACUAUGUCGGUCCCUGACAUCCAAGAGAAAUUCAAGGAUCUUACAGAUUCUCAAGAGACAGAAGUGACGGCGGCAGAGGUCCGAAUUGCGGGCCGCGUGACUAGCAAGCGGACUUCCGGCGCCAAGCUAAUUUUCUACAACCUGACAGCAGACGGCCAAAGCAUUCAGCUGAUGUGUCAAGAGCAGUUGCAUGAAGGCAACGCCAGCAGUCCGUCGUUUGAGGAGAUCCAUUCCAGGAUCUUCCGCGGUGAUAUCAUUGGAGUUCGUGGAUGUGUUGGAAAGACGAAGCGUGGAGAGCUGUCUGUUUUUCCCAAGCAGGUGGAAUUGUUGGCUCCUUGCUUGAAAAUGCUGCCAAAGAGUCACGCUGGACAAGGGCUCAAAGACCAGGAGGUGAGGUACCGGAAGCGGUACUUGGAUUUGCUCAUGAACGACCAUGUGAGAAAAACUUUCCUCAUCAGGGCUGAGAUAGUGGACUUCAUCCGGCAGUUUUUGAGAGACAAGAGGUUUGUCGAGGUGGAGACACCAAUGAUGACUAUGUUGGCAGGUGGAGCGUCGGCGAAACCAUUCAUUACCCAUCGCAAUGAGCUGGAUCUGGAUUUGUACUUGCGCGUGGCUCCAGAACUUUACCUCAAGAUGCUUGUGGUUGGAGGCUUAGACCGCGUGUUUGAGAUCGGGCGCAACUUUCGAAACGAAGGGAUUGAUUUGACGCACAAUCCUGAGUUCACUGCCUGCGAAUUCUACAUGGCUUACGCUGAUUACCACGAUCUCAUGGACAUGACGGAGGAGCUUUUGAGUUCCAUGGUGAUGAAGAUCCGGGGAAGUUAUGUUUUGACCUAUCAUCCGCAUGGGUCGGACAGCCUUCCAAUUGAGAUUGACUUUACUCCACCAUGGCCACGAGUUUCUAUGGUCGAGUGCGUUGAGAAGCUAUCUGGCAAUAUGCUGGGGCGCGACUUCUCCAGUCCAGAAACUGUGCAAAAGCUGGAGAGCCUUGUGGCGAAACUGGAGAUUGAUUGCCUAGCACCAAGAACAGCAGCACGGCUUUUGGACAAAUUAUGUGGACAUUUCUUGGAGGACCAGAUUUUGAAUCCGACCUUCAUCACGGAACAUCCGCAAGUCAUGAGUCCUUUGGCCAAAUGGCAUCGAAGCAAGCCUGGUCUCACGGAACGUUUUGAGCUGUUUGUGCACACCAAGGAGCUUUGCAAUGCCUACACGGAGCUCAACGAUCCACAUCGGCAAAUGGAAUGCUUUCUCAUGCAAGCUCAGGCAAAAGACGCUGGCGAUGACGAGGCGCAGGCAAUUCGAGUGGCAAGAACUUGUGCCAGAUGA